CUUCCCAAUUACCAAUUACUUGCUCGUUCUACUUCAACUACUUCAAUGGCUCGUACUAAGCAAACCGCUCGCAAGUCUACUGGUGGCAAAGCCCCUCGUAAGCAAUUGGCCGCCAAGUCUGCUGCCCGCAAAACCGCACAAGCAAGCACUGGUGGUGUCAAGAAGCCCCAUCGUUUCCGUCCCGGUACCGUCGCUCUUCGUGAGAUUCGUCGGUACCAGAAAUCAACAGAGCUGCUCAUCCGCAAGCUCCCCUUCCAACGACUUGUUCGUGAAAUCGCACAGGAUUUCAAGACUGACCUGCGCUUCCAAUCAUCGGCUGUGAUGGCUCUUCAAGAAGCUGCUGAAGCAUACCUCGUCUCAUUGUUCGAGGACACCAACUUGGCUGCUAUCCACGCAAAGCGUGUUACUAUUCAACCAAAAGAUCUUGCUCUUGCACGGCGGCUUCGUGGCGAGCGUUCCUAGAGGGUUUUUAUUUAUUUGUGGCUGAGUUGUAUUCUAUUGUAUUAAUAUCUACUAUUUUUCGUACUACCGACCGGACCAUUUGGGCGUGCACCUUGCAAUGACGAGCCGAUUCCACAUACUUUACGUCUGACAACGUCGUUGGC